CUGGAUGGGAUGCCAGGUGCUAAGGGUGAAAUGGGAGAUCAAGGUCAAAAGGGUGAUUCAGGAGAGCCAGGACCAAAAGGUGACCCCGGAGCAACGGGGGAUGCAGGGUCAUCUGCCGCCGGGAUAAAGGGUGAACCCGGAGAACCUGGCAGAGCUGGACAAAAGGGGGAACCAGGGCUUCCUGGGCUGCCUGGACUGCCGGGGAUAAAGGGUGAACCAGGCUUCUUGGGUCCUCAAGGAGAACCUGGACUUCCAGGAUUACCAGGAACAAAGGGUGAAAGGGGUGAAGCGGGUCCACCUGGCAAAGGAGAGCGAGGAGAUCCAGGCGUCAUGGGACCCAAGGGUGCAACAGGGGAGGCUGGAGCCACUGGCCCAAAAGGAUCAAAGGGUGACAUGGGAGAGAGGGGAGAAUCUGGACCCAUGGGACCCAGGGGCCCACCAGGACAAAAAGGCGAUCAAGGAACGACAGAAAUCAUCGACUAUAAUGGAAAUAUUCAUGAAGCUCUGCAGAGGAUUACUACCCUAACGGUGACGGGACCACCAGGACCACCUGGCCCAGCAGGACCCCAAGGCAUAAAGGGGGAGCCAGGAUCUCAAGGGUCUCCUGGGCUGGAUGGCGAGACGGGUCUCAAAGGCUCCAAGGGAGAUAUGGGUAUGCCAGGAAUUUCAGGAGACAAGGGUGGUAUGGGCCUUCCUGGAUUACCAGGUGCAAAUGGGGCCAAAGGAGAAAAGGGAGACCCCGGCUUGCCUGGUCCUCAGGGUCAGUCUAUUGUUGGUCCCCCUGGAGCUCCUGGCCCCCAUGGCCCCCCUGGUCCAAUGGGUCCUCAUGGUUUUCCGGGGCCGAAGGGUGAACCAGGGUUGCAUGGCGUUAAAGGAGGGAAAGGUGAGCCAGGGCAAAAGGGUGACAGAGGACCCCUCGGCCUUCCCGGAGCAUCUGGCUUAGAUGGAAAGCCAGGACCCCGGGGAAUGGAUGGUCCGGUUGGUCCCCCUGGUCCAGCAGGUCCCAAAGGUGACAGGGGUGAACGAGGACUCGCUGGUGAGCCGGGGCCCAGAGGACCUUAUGGAUUGCCGGGUACAGAGGGGACCCCAGGACUGGAUGGUUUGCCAGGAGCCAAAGGAGAUAAAGGAGACCCCGGUGAACGAGGAGAGAAGGGGGAAAAGGGCAAGAAAGGCAAAAAAGGGCCAAAGGGGGAGAAAGGAGAACAGGGGGCCCCUGGAUUAGAUGCACCCUGCCCAUUGGGUCCCGAUGGAUUACCGAUGCCCGGUUGCUGGCAGAAGGUGAGUGUGAUGGGGUGACUGUUAUGGGGUUAGGGGGAAUGACCAGGGCUUUUGGUGUGUCAGUGAUGAUGGGAAACCAAACCGGUAACGUCGACACUAUUGUUGUCACUGGUGGUCUCACGUAUAAAACUUGUUGAUGUUCAGAAACGUAUGUAAGCCAUACAUGUAGUGAUUUGAUAGGACGAAGAAGAAGAAGAUGACAUUGCAUUGAUAUGGCGCUUUACAUAGAAAGAAUGGAGCCACUUCAAUCAGCACCAACGUGCAACACCACCUGGUUGAUGUAACAGCAGCCAUUUUGUGCCAGUAAGCUCACCACACAUUAGUCAUUAGGUGGUGAUGGGGUCCAAGAGAGAGAGAGACAGAUAGACA